CCCCCAGCCCAGCCCAGCCUCCCGCCUUGAGACAGCAGCACGCCCAAUAUCGAUUAAUUAAAUCCAAUCUCACGCCCCGAGCAACGACCAUCGACCGGAUGCUCACUAAGCAGGCCUAGGAGCCCCGAAUUCCCAUCGCCAGUCGACGGCAGCUGCUGCCUCUCGCUCGUCUUCGCACUGAUCCUCAAUUGACCGCCAAUGUCGGUUCGCGUUGUCGCCAGGCUGCGGCCUCUCCUGGCCCAGGAGCUGGAAAAGGACAUCAUCGUCCGCACCGACAGCGUCGAGCCCGACAAGCCGCCAACCAUCGUCAAGAUCCCGAAUCCGCGCAACGAGGCCGAAGAGUUUUCAUUCACCUUUAACGGCGUCUACGGCUCGGAGACGACGCAGGAGACACUCUUUACCGCUGAAGUGGCGCCGCAUAUCAAGUCACUGUUUCAGGGCCUCGACGUUACCAUCUUCGCCUAUGGAGUCACGGGCAUGAAGCUGGCUGAACGAGGUGUGAUCCCGCGACUGCUGAGCGGCAUAUUCCGCAGAGGAAAGAAGAUCAUGAAGGAGACGAACGGAGAAACAACGGUGGACGUGGCGCUGUCCUACUAUGAGAUCUACAACGACAAGGUGUACGACCUGAUGGAACCUCCUGAGAAGCGGACGCCUACAGGGCUGCCUCUCCGAGCAGAGGCCAACGGCAAGACUGUUGUUGUGGGCUUGACUGAGCGGGCUUGCGAGGACCUCAAGGACUUUGAGAAGCUGUACAUCGAGGCCAACAACAACCGCGUAACAGCGGCCACUAAACUCAACGCCCACAGCAGUCGAAGCCACGCCAUCUUACGGGUGAAGCUGACGCAGACAACCGGCAACAUGGUUCGCGAAAGCACGGCGUCCGCCAUCGAUCUGGCUGGUUCGGAGGACAACCGCCGGACAGACAACGGCAAGGAACGGAUGGUCGAGUCGGCGGCCAUCAACAAGAGCCUGUUCGUGCUCAGUCAGUGCAUCGACGCCAUUUCCACGGGCGCCAAGAGGAUACCGUAUCGAGAGUCCAAGAUGACUCGAAUUCUAUCGCUCGGCCAAAACAACGGCAUCACCGUCAUGAUUCUCAACCUGUCGCCGCUGCGCAACUAUCACCUCGACACCCUCAGCAGUUUGAACGUCAGCUCUCGAGCCAAGCGCAUUGAAGUUCGCGAGAUUGAGAAUGAGGUCGUGUUUAAGCAAGUUCCUAGGACGAAUUCGGCGCAAGCUACUUCGCGGCAGCCAUUGAAGCCUCUCGCCAACGCCGUGAAUACUCAUAUUGCCGCCAGCGCAAACGCCGCGGCAAAGGCAACCGACGCGGCCAAGCCCGUCAAGGCGUUCAGCGUAUACACUGACAAGGCCAAGGCCUCAGCCAUUGCGCGCCCUUCCAUAGGCGCCGGCCAGCCUCGCUCCUCUUCUCAGACCCGGCGGUCUUCACUGAAGCGAUCAUCCGACCAUCACGAGUCUGCUUCUCGACCUAGUAAGCUCGCUCGGCCGAUCCUUCACCAGCAGACUUCACAGCCGCAAGUAACACAUCCUUCACCACCAUCAGACGCCACGAAGACAUAUCGGACAUCACUGCCGCAAGCAACACAACUUUCGCAACCUUCUCAGUCUCCACAGCAAUCAGAGUCCACGAAAUCUUCCCGGACCUCACUGAUCUCCACAGCAUCACAGCCCAUUACCGUGACAGCGGCAGAAAUCGAAGCCUUGGUGGAGAGAAAAGUCAGUGAGAUACUAGCAGCAAGGGAAGCAGCGGAGGAAUCGGUUCGGCGGACGCAAUCGUCGCCCGAAGCUAGCGACGCAGUCCAGAGACGGCUAGAAGCCUUGGAGCGACGGAUCGAAAACGAAGAAUGGAGGGAGGACGCCAAAUCGGAGGGUUUGCGGCAUCUCUUGGCAGCGAGGCAUCACAAGGAGCGAGGGGAUUCCUUUGCCGCACUCAAAGCCUACGAGAUGGCUCUGCCCUAUUUCCCGAACCAGCCAAAGCUGCUGGGCAAGAUUGAGCGCCUGAAAGCACGUCUGGAAGCAUCGGGGGGCACAUCUCCCGAGAGAAAGGAGAGAAAGAGGGAACGUAAGCCGAGACGCAAGACCGUCAGCGACGUGGACGCCGAUGAUGCCGAGGCAGAUGGAGAGGAAGAGUGCGAGACGACUACGCCCAAGAUCAAGGCGACGAAACUCAAAGCUAGGAGAGCCCCCAAGACUAUUCUCGCCGAGGAGGAGGACGACGACGACAACACUCCGCGCACGCAGCGACUUCUCGACGUGGUCAACUCACGAGACGCGACCCAGAUCCGGGAGCUCGUGGGAUUCGGCGUGAAGAAGGCGCAAGACCUGGUAAACUACCUGGAGCAUGCGAAUAGCGAGGGCGGCGGGGAGAUUGAGAAGCUCUCCCAGCUGCGGACGAUUCCGGGCAUGGGUGGGCGAACCGUAGACCGUGCAUACGAGGGACUGGCGGCGAGGGCAUAGAGUCAUUGACGGCGUUUUUU